GCCGACUGAGCGGUUCUUUGAGCUGAUUCUAGCGAGGCUUAGUUUCGGCGUGGACGAAAUAGCUGUGGUGUUUGUAGGGACCCUGGCGUGGCCGGACGCGCCUGGCUAUGUGGAGGCUGCUUGCUCGCACCAGUUCGUCGCUCCUGCGGGUGCCUUUGUCAGAUUCUUGGGCAGCCCUGCCCGCCAGCGCUGGCAUAAAGACGCUGCUCCCAGUGCCAUCUUAUGAAGAUGUUUCUAUUCCUGAAAAGCCCAAGCUUAAAUUUGUUGAAAGGGUACCACUUGUGCCAAAAGUAAGACGAGAACCUAAAAACUUGAGUGACAUACGAGGACCUUCCGCUGAAGCUACUGAGUUCACAGAAGGCAAUUUUGCAAUCUUGGCACUGGGUGGUGGUUACCUCCAUUGGGGCCAUUUUGAGAUGAUGCGCCUGACAAUUAACCGCUCUUUGGACCCCAAGAACAUGUUUGCCAUAUGGCGAGUACCAGCCCCCUUCAAGCCCAUAACCCGCAAAAGUGUUGGACAGCGCAUGGGGGGAGGCAAAGGUGCCAUCGAUCACUACGUGACGCCCGUGAAGGCUGGCCGCCUUGUAGUGGAGUUGGGUGGCCGUUGUGAAUUCAAAGAGGUACAAGGUUUCCUUGACCAGGUUGCUCACAAGUUGCCCUUCCCAGCAAAGGCUGUGAGCCGAGAAACUCUAGAGGAGAUGCGGAAACAGCAAGAGGAACGAGAACGUAACAACCAAAACCCCUGGACCUUUGAGCGCAUAGCCACUGCCAACAUGCUAGGGAUACGGAAAGUACUGAGCCCCUAUGACCUGACCCAGAAGGGACGAUACUGGGGCAAGUUCUACAUGCCCAAACGUGUGUAGUGAGUGUAAGAAAUAAAAGGUACGUAGACCAUUGAAA